AUGGCUUCACGAAUGGCUUCCAAGCGCGUAUGCGCUGCAUUGCGUACAUCGCGUGUCAACUACACGUCGGCGCGGUUUGCUUCGGCAGCCUCUGCAGUUAGGGGAUCCAGUCUACCACAGGAUGUAAAGGAUGCCAUAGCCCGCGAUUCUACACUGGCCACGCCCGACCCGUCCUCAUCCUCCAAGACAGCCGGCCUGGUCAACCAGCAGCUACCGUACAUGGUCCCAACCUAUGUACGACCACCGCCCAUGUUCGAGAAGGGAGAGGGGUGCUACAUGUGGGACAUCGAGAACAGGAGGUACCUGGACUUCACAGCUGGUAUCGCCGUCAACGCGCUCGGGCACUGCGACGCUGGGGUAGCCCAGGUCAUUGGAGAACAGGCCAAGCAACUCAUGCACACUUCAAAUCUCUACCACAACCCGCACACAGGCUUGCUGUCCAAGCAGCUCAUUCAGCUCACACACGCGACCGGGGGCUUCGCCAGCGCGACUCGCACCUUCAUCUGCAACAGCGGUUCCGAAGCCAACGAGGCUGCCAUAAAGUUCGCGCGCAAGGUCGGCAAGUCAAUGUCACCAGACAAGGACAAGCAUGAGUUUGUAUCUUUCCACAACUCAUUCCAUGGCCGGACUAUGGGAAGUCUGAGCGCGACACCAAACCCCAAGUACCAGACACCAUUUUCCCCAAUGGUGCCCGGCUUCAAGUACGGCACCUUCAACGACGUCAACGCCGUCAACGAGCUAGUCACCGAUGCCACAUGUGGUGUCAUUGUAGAGCCAAUCCAGGGAGAGGGUGGCGUAAACGUCGCAACGCCCGAGUUCCUUCUCGCGCUGCGAAAGAGAUGCACAGAAGUCGGCGCAGUCCUCAUCUUCGACGAGAUCCAAUGCGGCCUGGGCCGAACAGGUACUUUCUGGGCACAUGCAGGCUAUCCCAAGGAAUGCCACCCCGACAUUGUCACCACGGCCAAGGCACUUGGCAACGGUUUCCCUAUCGGCGCCACUAUCGUAAACGAUUUUGUCUGCGAACACAUCAAGACUGGUGACCACGGCACCACCUUCGGUGGCAACCCUCUCGGAUCGCGUGUCGCUUCAUACAUCCUCUCUCGCCUGUCAUCGCCAGAGAUUCUCGACUCGAUACCCGCUAAAGAGCAAGCAUUCCGCAAACACUUUGAUACUCUGCGAAAGCGCUUCUCGAGCCAGAUCAAGGAAGUCAGAGGCAAGGGACUUAUCCUAGGCCUUCAACUCGAUGUAGAUCCCACGCCCAUCGUUACUGCUGCUCGUGAGAGAGGUCUCCUGAUCAUCACCUGUGGUACAAACACCUUGAGGUUUGUCCCACCACUUGUCAUCACCGAAGCAGAAAUCGAGGAGGGCAUGCAAAUCCUGGGCCAGGCCAUGGAGAGUGUAUGGAUCAAGCACGAUGACGUCGAGGGCACGGAUGGUCAACAGGAGAUGCGAUAA